AUGGAAACUACGACGAUGGUUCUCGAACCUUCUAUCUUAGACCUCACGUUCAAUCAUGUCGCUUUCCCCCCAAAUCUACCUGGUCAGAGCGAUGAUAGCAAAACCGACGAUGUCCAAAAAUCCUUUGUGACACGAAUGCUACACGCAGUUGCUGAAAUCAGCGGGGACGAUGACGAUGACCCUCCAGUCUGGCUUAGUACGGAGAAUAUUUUGAAAACGUGCUUGCUGGUGAAUCAGGGCGGAUUUGUCAACAAGAAGUUGUUACUUGGAGUGUUACAAGGACUUGGUCCUGGUGAUGCCAGCAUGGUCUUUGUGGGCCAACAGAACGCAUGCAUGUUUAUACGGAAGCCGAUGGAUGAGCACGGUGCAGUUGUGUUUGAAGCUUUCGAGACGUCACCAGCAGCCGGUCCAACCCUUGCGGCUAAGGGUGCUCUCCAAUGGGAUUUUCCAGGCAUGGCAGUGGCUUUUCCAGCAAGCGAGUUCGAGUCAGUAACUUUCCAAGAUAAUCUGACGGCUUUGUUGGAACAGGCCAGUCUUGAACCGAUAGAUGAGUUUGCUGCCAAAACCCGCAAAGCAGGCGUUGAUUUGGCCGAAGCCCGAGAUACAGCGGAUCCGGCCAUCAUUACACGGUUUCUGAUGACCUUGUUGGACGCGAAAGGUGGCAAAAUAAACGUACCCGUGCUGAAAAAGCGUGUGAGGGAUGAUGUAUACUGGGAUAAUGGAGAAUUGCCAUGGCGACGAAGCCCGUUUUGGCUUGCUCUCCGUGUAUGUGUCCAAAGGCUGUUGUUGUUACGGUUCGGUGCGCAGCAUGGUCGUUUCCUUUACAAAACCCUCAUGUGCGCUCUUAUGGCACAACUCUUAGAGGAAUGCCUCGGGAAUAUGAGCCCAGAGAGCUGUAAUUUCUUGAAGACGAAGCUUUGUCGCCGUCUUGCAAAAUUAGAGGCUGAGAAGCAACGCUGUUCCACAACAGCUUACAACACGUUCUUAACAUCAGUAACAGCGGUCGAAACUCGCUGCCGCGAACUGAUAUCCUUGGCUAAUAAUUUGUUCGAGACAAAUUGGCGCACGUUCAAGGCGGAUAUUCAAAGGAAGAUACCGCACCUACCUUUGUCUGCCCAGGAGAAGGACCUACAUUUCAGCCUGCCGAACAGUGCCCCAUACCUCCAACAAAUUCUUAGUGAAUGUCCUGUACAGAGUAUUCACGCUCUCAAUCAAGAAACAUGUGACUCAGAGCGUGGUGGGACUGCAACGGAGGCAUAUGAGGCCAUGGUAUCUCGGUAUUCUUCGCUUACAGAGACCGAAUCAACGAUCAUGUCCGAAAUACGCGAGAUGCCAACAAUCAACGACCGCUCUAGGUUUACUUGCGUCAACCUAGCAAGACAAAUUGACGACUAUCUGAUUUCUGCUGGGCCUUGCUAUCACCGCGACCCAGAGCAGAUGAGCGUGUUCAUACUGACUUUAUUUCAAUUGUGGAUGCAAAUGGACCUAUAUGCAACCACAACGUACCCAAUCUUGAAGGACUUCCACCCUUUGUUUGAGCCGAAGUUGCUCGAUGUCUUGCUCCUUUCACAACUCAGUCAAAUGGAACGUCUGCAGAAAAUCCAAACAUAUCUUCACGAUCGCUGUGCACAAGCCAAAGCGGGGGCCAUGACGAUUUUUGCUGAUCCAGCUCCUGGCUGCUUCGCAGAUCGAUACUUUGAAUUGGAUGGAGCGGAUGACAUGCGAAUUCUGCAGACACAGAUUGAAGGCGAUUCAAUGAGGACCCGCAAUGCGAAAGAAAAGGAAUUAGAAGCAGUUAACGCACACUAUGAGGCUUUUACCAAGCAAAAAGCGGAAAUUCCGUGCACUGAACGAUUAAAUCCUGAUGGGACACAUGAUAUUAGGGGCUGCAAGCACUGUUACAUUGUGCGUUGUCGCUGGCGCCUCAAGAUUCAAGUUCAUGAGGAUUUUCUUCCUCCUGGUAAUAUGAUCCCCCAGAGGCGAGCUGUUGUCUUUGAGCUGAGUACACCGCAAGAGUUCGCCGCCUACCGCAAUGCUACUUGGAAUUUGGUUGUGGCAAUUUCACAUAUGAACUCUGCUUUUGCAGCUGCGCCACAAGUAUUGUUAGCCGACUACGUGCAGCUCCAGCCUUAUAACCAGCGCAAAAGUUUCGCGUCGCUCACUCUCGCGUCGCAUACUAAGUCAUUUCUUGGAACACACUACAAAUCACAGAAACUACCAGCAAAACCGCAAAAAGUUCUUCUGCCUUCCGGAUUAAAGUUCUCAUACUAUGAUUCCAAAAGCGGUAUCUGGCUCAAGGCGCUUCCACAGCAUCUGAGUUUUGCCCAUCAUUUUGCCAUUCAUCUUCCUCCCUCGCAUCCGUUUUCAGAUCUAUACGCAUCCUCAGUAUUUGCUGCUGAUGGGCCCGGCCCAUCAUCGUACCAAGCAAUAGCCAGCACUCCCCGGUGUCCCUCCGGCAUCAGCAAUCAGGAAUUUAUUGCGCAUCAGAACCUCAUGGGAGGGACACGGCGGCGGUGGCUCUGUAUUCUCACUGAGCUGGGCUCCUCGAAUUUGAACCUCAGUCUGCGGGAUACAACUGUUCUCCUUCGGCGUCUUGCGCUCCAAGCCGGACCAAGCUCCGAUGGCGAUGUUCUGCGAGCGGUGCAUACAGUCUUUCGAGACCCGCAAUUCUGCUUUAGACUAAUUGAGCAGGUCGAAUAUCAUGUUCAGACUAUUGCACCCAACUGGCGUGAAAUUAGCUACAUGGAGACCCUUGUCAUCCUCGCAACCCGGCUGUGCGCUCUUGCUUGCCCAGAAGCAAUCGCACGUGCCCGUGCGCUCCUGCUCAAGCUUCGGAAUGUGGCUCUUACAUGGGUAAGGCUCUUGCGAAGUGAAAUGCGAGCAGCUAAAGAAGCGGAUGUCGCAAAUCAAGCAGCUCGGUAUUGCUUCUUGUCUGCCUUGCUAUGUCGUCAAACUUUCUCACCGGAAGCAUGCAGUGUCAGGAAACUAGAUGCUGAAAGCUUCCAAGGCUUUGUCGAAGCGACGCUCGCGAUGCAAGAAGCCUUGGUGGUCGAUAUGAGCAAGUUUACGGAUGAAACACGCAAUUUGCUGGUUCGUGAUAUCAAAAUAAUUGCUACACUCCGCAAUGAGCUUCGAGAGCUAGCAAUGAAGUAUGUCAGCCACGUGGGAUUUGCGAUAAAUGCCACUUGGCCAGCACGAAGUGGGAGGCGGACAUAUAUUGAAUGGCAAUUCUUACCAGCACCGCACUCCUGGUGGCUAUAUGCAACGGUUCCAGCGGCCGAGCAAACCAUUUCUCAGGAGGUGCGUUACCACCUGCUUGAGGGCCAUCUGCUUGUUAACGGGCAGGCUUUUGGUAAGCUCCCGGCUGACAUACGGGAUUCCGAGCUACUCAACGAACUUUUCGGCAACCAAAGGCUAGUAGCCUUUCCCUCAAACUUACCCGGAAUGACCUAUAUGCUUGCAAAUGAGAAAGAAGGACAUCAUGUGCACCUCGGGUACCGACAGCGCAAGCUGGUGAUCCGGGCCUUGAAGCUGGACCGGGUACUAGAGCUUGUUCCUCGUCAGAUAUUUGGCAGUGGCCUUCAGAUGGAUCUGCCUAGUUCUUGGACCGAGAGGUGUGUUCACUGGAUUGACAUUGAUUCCAAAAUCCUGGAGAUUCGCCGCCAUCCACGGAUCUGGAAAACGAGUAGUUCGACCUUAGACUUCACCAGUCGAAGAGCGCAACAUCGACAAGCCUUUCUGGUUGACCCACAUAGCAGACUAUUCCAAACUGUGGCCCAAAUUUUCCAUCACUUUGAAGAACCCCAUAUGUUAACGGUCAUACAACCUUUCCACGGAAGCUUAUGCGUGGAGUUAAAGCGCAUGGACCUCACAUUCCAUGUCAACCGGAAACGGCUCUUGCAGUGUCAACAAUUAUUCGCAGAGGUAGAUCCAGACCAGGACCCAGGGACUGUCUACGGGCUCCAGAGCAUGAUUGUGCUUCGAAACGUAUUCAACCGAUUGCAAAGAAGUGUAAUCACCACCAUGGGUAACAUACAGUACCAACGCCAUGACAUGCAUGUGCUCGUAUUUAUCGAGAACACCGGAUCCUAUGCAAGAUAUUCAAUCGAUGACGUGCUUCGACGGCUGAUAAGUCCACCGGAGCCUCGUCUUCUCUACCACAAAGCGCAAUUACAUGCUUUCACUUCCUGUUUCAUUCAAGAUCCCCUUACAGGUCGUACAGGAACCGAGGAGGCUCUCAGUUCUCUACAAUCAGGGCUCUGUAAACCUUGGGCUCCUUUGAGUGCUGGAACUAUCGAUAUACUUCUCAAGAUCUCGAGUCUGACUCCCCGGAGAGAGUAUUAUCCAAAGACCCAAAAGCUUCAGCAAUCUGCACACUGGGAUCCCGACCUCACCAUAUCUAUUCAACAUGAUUCCUACGAGCCGGUGGUAAGUGGCCUUAUAUUUAAGUCCGAACAGCUUGCGCUAUUCCACUUUGAUGCUGCCAAUCCAAAUGUGGGCCCUCGAUCUGCAGAGUCUCAUCUCCAGGAACGGUCCCGUUGGCGACGAUCCCUUUUCGAGCGAAAUGGGACUCCCAAUACAUCCCUUGAUCCCCCACAGGAUGCUCUGUACAUUGCUCGGGAUCGCUGGCGCAUCUCUAAACGUACCUCCAACGUGCGCGAAAUUGCAUUUUUGCUGCACCGGCGACCAUCGAAGCUCCGAACAACAGAAAAUCUGAUCAAAAUAUUACGAAAUUCGCCUAUCAUCGGCGGAUAUACUAGCUCGCUAUCAGGAUCGCUACAAGAGUGCCUGAGCAUUGAUUUGGCUCUUGAAUGGGGCAGCUUGGUCCAGCUGUGCCGGGAAUGCCGAACGGACAACAUUGCAAAGAUUUUGUUCCAGCUAGGUCUAAGGGCAUUCGGGAAAGGAGUCAACAUGACAGUACUAAGAGCUAUCGUGUCAUUCGCUCUCUUCGACGAUCUCCAAGUUCUUGCCUAUCCUCCAUUCUCCUCCUUUACCAACAUUCGAGCGGGCGAAAAGCCGUCCGCGGAUAAUAUUUUGAUUCAUAUCAUACCGUUCUGUAGGCCUUAUCAAGGUUUGCGAGGGAAGAGAUCAAGGAUCAUUUCCAAGAAAGCGCAAAAAGAUGCAAAAGAGCAAUAUGAUCUUGCGUGUACUCAUGAGUGCCAGGAGUUUGCUAAUCACCUUGUAAAGCAAUGGCCGAGCUCUGCGCCUUCGCUUGAUGGCUUUCAUUUGACCUAUAUAGAACUCGAAAAGGCGAUGGAGGCAAUUUCAUUGGAAUGGAUUCGGAUGUACAAAAACUUGCAGUUGUCGGAUCACAUCAAAGAAGUUCAGGCAGUGCUCAACGACCAUUGGGCACACGUGAAUGACGUGGCACCUGAACACGUCCUCUCAGCCUAUCAAGAACAGGAUGAUCAACCGAUGCUGGACUUCGUAAUACCCAAUGCGAGUCAGCUGUUGCAGAAGCCCGGCUCUAGACUGAUGCUACGUUAUGAUCUCAGCUCUCUCGAACGUUGGAUGGAUGGCAAGUUGGCCGUUCCGGCACAGAUUCCACUAGAGCAGGAGACUUAUACAACCCCCGAGGUUGCAGAGUUGGAGCACAUCAUAUCGAGUUUUGUUUCUUCAAGUUGUCCAGUCAGAUCUAGGUACGGCGGCGAUAUCAGAGAAAGCAUCUCCGCUCUGAAGAGAGCGCAAUCAAAGACUGUUGCGGCCGUGAAAAUGCUUGAUCUUGAUUUUGUGGAAGAAGUCAAGUGGUAUAAUGGCGAAAUCAAGAGGGCUCGUAUGACUGUGGACCGCCACUUCUGUCAAAUUACAGAAUCACUGGCGCGCGAUGAACUGGGCUAUUCAUGGUUGGAGGCCGGCAACCUUUGGCCUGUGCUGACGCCAACGUCUAUUUUAGAGCAACUUCGGUCAACAUCUCAGUGUGUCUUUGGCUCGGCCAUGAAGAGCGCGCUACUCGACUACGGGAUGGAGGUUGUGAAGCUGCAGCAAUUGAUUCGAAUGAAGGAAGCCUUAGGGAAACGGGACAAUGGAAAGCUUUGCCAAGAGUACACCAACUGGAGAGGUGGAAAUUGGAGUCCCUCUACAUACCCAGAUUGGCUUCUAUUAGAGAUCGACUCUAACAUGAAAAUCCGUCCUGAACAAGUCAUAGUGGCUCAAGAGAUAAUUGCGCCCCGUUCCGGCUCCAACUCGGUCCUUCAGAUGAAUAUGGGCCAAGGUAAAACUUCAAUGAUCAUACCGAUGGUUGCCUGCUUAUUGGCAGAUACCCAAAUGCUGACUAGAGUCAUUGUUCCCCGGGCCCUGUUAUCACAAACAGCGCAGGUCCUCCAGGCCCGGCUAGGAGGGAUGCUGAGCAAAGAGAUCACGCACGUUCCCUUUUCCCGGAGGACACCAACUUCACCAAGCCACGUCGAGGCAUGUCGCAAGCUACAUGAGGAUAUACUUCAUGGGGCAGGCGUAAUUCUGGAGAUUCCUGAAAAUAUAUUGUCCUUCCGCCUUAGUGGGCUCCAGCGACUUUCAGACUUCAAGUUCACUGAGGCUGCCCACAUGAUUGAGGCUCAGCGCUGGAAGGAUCGGGUUUGUCGUGAUAUCCUUGAUGAAUGCGACGUCACCUUAGCAGUUAAAACCCAGUUGGUUUACCCAGGUGGCUCACAACUCGCAUUGGAUGGAAAUCCAGAUCGGUGGGAAGUAAUCAUGACAGUCCUGAACCUGGUAGCGCGGGAACUCCCAGGUUUGGCUCGAAAUUUUCCCAGAAGCGUUGAUAUCGUGGAGCGAAAGAAUGAAGGGUUCCCAAUUGCCUAUUUCCUCAAACUUGAUGUUGAACUUGAGCUGGUUCGGAAGCUAGUCGAAAUAACUUGUAGCGGGCAGACGUGGAUACUCCCAUCUCAUGUCUGUCCGCGCCAAACUCGCGAAAACCUGCGCUCUAUCAUAUCCUGCCAAGAUGUUGAAGCACAGACAGUCAAAUCCUUUUUCGAAGAUAUACCGGACAAUCCCAAGGUUCGAAAGAUUGUGUAUCUGCUACGAGGGCUAUUUGCCCACGGCAUUCUUCUUCUCGCCCUGAAGAAAAGAUGGAAUGUUCAAUAUGGACUUCACCCGGACCGCUAUCCAAUAGCGGUUCCAUUUCAUGCCAAAGGGGUGCCUUCAGACCAAGCUGAAUGGGGUCACCCAGAUGUUUCAAUACUAUUGACUUGCCUCGCUUUCUACCACCAGGGUCUAAGCGAGGGCCAACUUCGACAGAGCCUGCAGGCUGUGUUGAGCUCCGAUGAUCCUGCUAUGGAGUAUGAUCGGUGGAUACAGUCCUCGGUCACUCUACCUGAUCGUCUGCGCCAUUGGAAUCUUAUCAACAUGGAUGAUAAAGAGCAAUUAAGUGAAAUCUGGCGCCAUUUACGCUGGAUUACCACGGUCAUAAACCACUACCUCAGGCGUUUCGUUUUCCCAGCACAUGCACAGCAAUUCCAAGUCAAGCUUCAAGCAUCCGGAUGGGAUGUUCCACUCUUCCAGACCCGCUCCAUCUCGUCAAAACUGGGACAGUUCAAAGGUCCCGGUCUCACCACUGGGUUUAGCGGUACAAAUGAUAACCGCCGGCUACUUCCCCUCACAAUGCAACAGCAUGACCUCCCUGCACUAUUGCAUACCAAUGCCGAGGUUCUCACCUACUUCUUGCAUGCGAGAAAUCGGCAGUAUAUCCAAGCAAUCGACCUGGCCGGCAAGCGUUUGUCGGAAGUGGGACUUUUGCGCCGUCUCAAAGACAACAAAAUCCGCGUUCUUCUUGACGCCGGUGCGUUCAUACUCGAAAUGGACAAUCAAACCCUGGUCCGUACAUGGCUGCAGGAAGACGACCAGGCGCAGGCCGCGGUGUAUUUUGGGGCAGACAACAAACCAUGGGUACAAUACCAGACCGGCAAGACAAUUCCUCUUCUUGCGACCCCCUUCGCCGAUAAUAUGAAGAACUGUCUAGUGUAUUUAGAUGAGGCUCAUACUCGGGGUACCGAUCUCAAGUUACCACAAGACGCGAGGGGCGCUUUGACGCUUGGUCUGAACCAGACAAAGGAUCAUACCGUCCAAGCUGCGAUGAGAUUGCGACAAUUGAGCACAACCCAGUCUGUCACGUUUGUUGCUCCGUCAGAGGUCCACCAGAGUAUCCAGGACGUUUGCGACAAGAGAGUAGGAGAAGACCUGAAUUCGGCUGAUGUUAUAAAUUGGCUUCUUGAUCAGACUUGUGUCACCAACAGACAGUUACAUUCCCUGUAUCUUUGGCAGGGUAAUGACUUUUGUUACCGAAUGCAGGCCGCUGCGACCUUUAACGACUUCCUCUCGAAUAUCGAUCACCGGAAAGCAUAUUUGAAGUACUUGCAGCAGCCAGAGCAGCGAACCUUGGAGCAGCUGUAUGGACCCCGUAUAUUGAGAGGUGAUGAGAUCGCAUCUCAAUUGGAGGGCAAUCUUCAACUUUUUGGUAAGCUCAGAAGGUUUGUGGACAUCCUUGAGGAAAAGUACCAUCCAUCCACUUCAGACAGGGAGUCUGUGCUACCUUUUGCAUUGGAAGAAGUAGAGCAACAACGCGAGGUUGCCAAUGAGGUUGAGCAGGAACGAGAGCUUCAGCGACCAAGUUUUGUUCAUGCUCUAGAGUUUCCAGGAUUGCAUCAGGUGAUCCAAGAUUUCGUUGAAACCGGCUUCCUCGGUGGCGACGACGUCUGUCCGCAAGCUUGCACUGUCAUAACAUCAACUCGGCUCUGGAAGAAACAGAUGAUUGAAACCUUUUCAUUGAUAUCCCACGUCUUCUUAUCGCCUGAAUUUGCUAGGACUGUUCGACUGGGUACUGAACAUGAGUCUGAUAAUUUUAUUCGUCCUGUGAACUGGGUUCUUUUAAGCAUGCGUGCGGAUGUCGCCCUGGUCAUUAUACCAGAAGAAGCAGAGUUGGUCAUUCCUAUAUUACGCGAACAGGCAGACCCGCCUACGCACCUGCUCCUAUAUGCGGCGCCCUUCACGAAACGGAUGCUCCAUUUCAACCGCCUAGACUACUAUUCACUUCCUCUUCUACCUAUCAAAUGGAGUCCACCGUCCUGGCUCCCAUUCGAACUUGGGAUUUUAGCCGGGAGGUUUUAUUUGGCAUUUGCGGAAUGCCAAGAUUUUCAGCAUCGAAUCCAUGCUAGCUCUGGCCGCACAAGUGAAAGUGACCGACUCCCGAAAAGCACUUCAAUCGAGGUGGAAAGUAUUUUAUCCUUCCUACAGGAGUGGCUGAACUUACGUCGCCCGGGGCAAGAUAUUUCCCAUACGCCAAUGGGAUACAUCUGCCAGGGUCUCACACUCCGCAGUGACCAUCCCUUCUUCGCAAGCCCUGCGGAGGCCGAAAUAAGUGCUAUUGUGAAUGGCGAUAUGGUUUAUGCGCCUUGUCCCCUGUACGACGAUGAAGAACCAGACAGUGUAAGCGAUGGAGAAGUCACAAUUGUGGACCAAAUGGUGGAGGAAAAGAAUGAAUCAGGCAAUGACGACGAUGAAGAGAUAUGCAUCUAA